AAACUAAACUACAAACACCUUCAGUCCCAGAUUCCAGAACCCCCUUUCGAGUUUUUUAACGUUAUACAGGUCUCGCCAGCAGAUUCAUGGUCUCGUCGGAUCGUAACAACGAGAACCCGACCCGGACAAUUCUGGGGAUCGGGUUCUUUGUACAGGGUUUCAGGUGCUUUCCAUGGAUGGCUGUGAACUUUUUUCUCAAGGAUGGGCUCAAUGUGGACCCGUCCACUCUUCAGCUUCUUCAAAACUCGGCCAAUCUUCCCAUGGUCGCUAAGCCCUUCUACGGCGUCGUUUCUGAUGCGGUGUAUAUCUCUGGUCAGCAUCGCAUUCCCUACAUCGCCAUUGGAGCUUUGUUACAAGUAGUGUCAUGGCUAGCUGUAGCAACCCUCUCCCCAUCAAGCAUGUCAAUCUACACGUUCUCCCUAUUUCUACUUCUUAGUAACCUUGGGGCAUCAAUAGCUGAGGUUGCAAAUGAUGCUAUAGUUGCAGAGGUAGGUAAACAACCGACUUCCUCUUCCAAAAGUUCUCAAUCAUCUUCCUCAGGAGAGCUCCAAGCGUAUGUUUGGAUGGCUUCCUCUGCUGGUGGAGUCCUUGGAAACCUAUUAGGUGGUAUUGUCAUAGAUAGAACCUCCCCCCAAACUAUGUUCCUAUUUUUUGGCCUUCUCCUUGCCCUCCAGUUCUUUAUAACACUUACAGUUCGUGAAAGCUCUCUUAACCUUCCCAAGAGCACAGCUAAUGCUGGGAUUAUAAAACAACUUUCAGAGCUCGCAGUUGUAUUAAAAAAACCCGAGAUUGCUUACCCAAUAGCAUGGUUUGCAGCAUCUUAUGCCAUAAUUCCAGCAUUAACAGGCACCAUGUUCUUUUACCAGAUAGAACAUUUGAAGAUUGACUCAUCGGUAUUGGGUCUCUCUAAGGUGUUUGGUCAGGCAGCAAUGCUUCUAUGGAGCAUCAUUUAUAAUAGUCACUUGAAGUCGGUCCCACCGAGGAAACUGAUUUCAGCCAUUCAGGUGUUGAUGGCGGUACUUAUGAUAUCUGAUGUCUUGUUUGUAAAGGGGUUUUAUCGAAAUAUGGGUGUGCCAGACUCUCUUUAUGUUGUGAUUUUCUCAGGCUUUUUGGAGGUUCUCUUCUUUUUUAAGAUUCUGCCAUUCAGUGUUCUGAUAGCGCAGUACUGCCCUCCAGGAUGUGAAGGAUCUCUGAUGGCAUUUGUGAUGUCUGCCAUAGCCCUUGCAUUCAUAGCGAGUGGAUACUUUGGUGUAGCACUUGCAUCAUACAUUGGGGUUACAGGAAAUAAUUUUUCAAGGUUUCCAGUUGGCCUUCUAAUACAGGCAGUGUGCACGGUUUUGCCAAUCUAUUGGUCAUCAUGUAUACCUGAUGAUGUGAAAUCCAAAUCGAGGAGGAAAAAGGAGUAAACACUUGAUUUGAAAAGAGAUGGAGGUUUAUCCAAGCAGCUUUUUAAAAAUGAUUUCUUUUUUAGGGGGGCUUAUCUGUUAUUAGUAUGAUUUUUGUAAAACUAUUUCUUUGUCAAUUGUUUCAAUAUAUAUAGUCAUUAUUCAUACUAGUGGUAUGUCUGUAAGGAUCAAAUGAAAAUUACAUGGAAAUUAGCUACGCUUGUAUAAUUGAAAUGGAAGAACAAAAUAAAUGAUAGAUGAUAAAACACUGUUUAGUACUAAGGUCCACCAUUGAAGGGGACCUAGUGAAAGCAUAUGACUGAAUAAAUUGGAAAAUUCUGCUAUAAUAAUUUGGCUGUUGUUGGUAUUCCUUUAAA